AUGGCUGAUGAUGAUGAAUGGAAGAAGUUACCAACAGAACAAAAAGUUCAACACAAGUCGUGGAAAGCACGUGCUGAAGGAUACAAAGAAUGUGCCAAGAAGUUCGGACCAUUGGAUGAAAAGAGUCCGGAGUUUAGUAAAUAUCUUGGUUUGGUGAAGAAGUUUGUCACAGAUUCCAAUGAACUUGUUCGGAUUCAGGGAUUAGAAGCAACCUUGAUUUUUGUCGAAAAUGCAGCAGUUGCUGGAAAAACAUGUAGUGAAGUUGUAUCUGGGGUCAUUGCAAAGUGUUUUAACUCCAAACCUCGACUUCGGGAACUUGGAAUUAAAGUUUGUCUCAUGUACGUUGAGAUUGAUCGUAAUGAGGUGGUUUUGGAAGAAGUUUUGAAAGGCUUUGAAAAUAAACAACCAAAAGUUGUUCAUGCCUGCCUUGACCUUAUUAUUGCUGCAUUAAGUGAAUUUGGGUCAAAAGUGAUCGCAGUCAAACCACUUUUAAAACAAGGAAUUAAACUUUUGGACCAUCGUGAUAAGAAUGUGAGAGAAGCAACAAAAUCUCUGUUUAUGGUUAUUUAUCGGUGGAUAGGUCCUGCCAUUAGAACACCUCUUCAAGCCAUCAAUUCUGUUGUGGUACUUGUUUUUGAAAUGGUACUUGGAUUUGUAAACUAA